AUGUCCAUCACGCUUUCGCUCUCCAUUAAGCAAGGAACAUCAGAGUGCAAAGGCGAUAGUGGCGGUGGCUAUGUUGUUUUCAUACCAAGUAAUGAUAAUGAAGAAAACAAGACAUCUGGAGUGUGGUUCAUUAGACGAAUUAUUUCGUUAGCAUUCAGUAAAGAGAAUGAUUACAACGUUUGUGAUCCUAACGAGUAUGUCAUAUUUACUGAUGUCGUUAAAUAUGCUUACUGGAUAAAGACGUAUAUAAAG